ACUCCUCAGGGAUUAGGAUUCCCUUCUGCUUCAUCUCAUGCUCAGUGGAGGAGAAAUGAGCAUAUUCCAGCUGAGCUUCCACCAUCAUAUGAGCAGGUGAUAAAAGAAAUCAAUCAAGUGCAAGUCAAUACAACAAAUAACAAUAAUGCUGCUGCUCCUAGACAUACCACUACUUCUGCAACACAAACUGACUUUCCGGAGGAACUAAUCAGCCAUUUGCCAGGAAGUAAUGUAAAAACUAGUGUGCCUACACACUGGGAACCUGCAGGCUGUCCAGGGCAGAGUCCUCUUAAACCUCCUAGGCCUUCUGCAUCUCUCCUGAAUCGGUGUCCUUCAGAAAAUGAGAAUCCCUUAAUAGUCUUUGAAAUUUCUGAAGGUCAGAGGUGCCAAGAAAAUCCCAAUGCUGUGAUACGUCCUGUGCCAAAGCCAAGAUCAAGAAGCAACGUCAGACAUGUGGUCAAAAAUACUGAAAGUAAUAUAGACAAUGGAGAAGAAGUGAACCAGUCUACCACAAAAAGGCAGCAACCUCCAAUUCAGCAGUCACCUCUCUUAGAUGAUAGCUUACUAGACAAUCACUUGGCGAUGGAUAGCAUGGGUACAGAAAAGAGCCAAAAUAGUAUUAUUUCAAGGAUCAAAGUUUUUGAAUCCCAAGGAACUAAUGAUACCUCAGGAUUAUCAAAAAAGCCAGAAAUUGCCCCUCGUUCAUUCACUCCAAGACCUGUUAUUGCAAAGAAGCCAGUAGUUGCUCCAAAGCCAGGGGUAAGCAGAAUUUCGGGAGACUGGGACACAUGGACAGAAAGCAAAUCAACACCUCCCAAGGAAUUGCAGCCUCAACCUGAAGCAGUUGGGAGCAGUGUUGUAACCAAACCUGAACUGCCAAAGAAGCCAAAACCUGGCCUUGUUAAAAGUAGUAGUAGUGAUUUUCUUGAUGCAAGGAGUGGAUUGGUUGCAGAGAACACCGAUGGACAAAAGAAAUUUCCUGUUCCUGCUCCAAGGCCCCUUGUUCCUAAAAAGUCACGUUAUGCAGAAAAUCCUGCCCUUUCUUUGGCCUCACAAAAACCAAUUGCUGCUCCCCCACGGGCUCUUGUAUCUGCCCAAGAAAAAGCUUUCAAGUCUCUGGGGGAAUUGUCACCUGCAGCCAACUCCUCAGCACCUGCUUUGCAAAAUAAAUUAGAUGUGGAAGGAGAUCUGAUCAGUUUUGAUGAUGAUGUUUUGCCCCUAAGUCCAGCUUGUGUAGUUAAAGAUAGCUUCAGUUCUGAAGCAGCAGCAGAUCCAUUUCAGUUCCUCACCAGAAGUGAACCUGCAAAGGAACAGACAGCUCAACCAGCUUUAGCCCGGAAACCCACUGUGAUCCGAAUCCCAGCUAAACCUGGGAAACCUUUAAAUGAAAUCUCCGAUAUCACAGUGGGAAAACCCAACAGUGGUGACCUGGUAAAAAAAGUGGAGUUGGAUCAUUCAGAACAGGGUGGAGUGCUUCAGCUAGAACCUGUACUACCCCCAAGGCCUGUGGAUGGAAAAAUUAUACCUGCUCGACCUCCCCCACCUAAAGGUGUGCCUGGAAGACCACCUCCACCAAAACUCUCUGCAGCCAAGACCUCCUCGCAGAAGGAUGCUCUUUCGCGAUCUACUUCUGACAUUGCUCCUGAUAAAAAACCCAGCAAGUUCAGAUUGGGACCCAAGAGAGCAAAAAGUCAAGUCUUUAAAAAUCCAGACCCAGCAUUACCUCCUAGACCUAAACCGGGUCAUCCUCUCUACAAUAAAUACAUGCUACCUGUGCCUCAUGGAGUUGCCAAGGAAGAUUGUCUUCCCAGGAACACUGGAGAACUGUCCUGUAAGGAUUCAAACCACCCUCCAAAAGUUUCUGACACAAGUGCACCUCAUGCUGUAGUCCUGCAUGAUUUUCCUGCAGAGCAUGCUGAUGACUUGGACCUUCAUUCUGGAGAUAUCGUUUGUCUUUUGGAGAAAAUCGAUACUGAGUGGUACAGAGGAAAAUGUGGGAAUCGCACAGGGAUAUUUCCUGCCAGCUUUGUUAAAGUAGUUAUUGAUGUUCCAGAAGAAAGCAACAGGAAAAAAAUACCCUGUUCAUCACAAUGUAUUAAAGGCCCAAGAUGUGUAGCACGAUUCGAAUAUAUUGGAGAUCAGAAAGAUGAGCUCAGUUUUUCAGAAGGUGAAACUAUUAUCCUUAAAGAAUAUGUAAAUGAAGAGUGGGCCAAAGGAGAGCUCAGAGGCACAUCUGGAAUUUUCCCUUUGAACUUUGUGGAAGUAAUUGAAGAUCUGCCUGGAACAGGUACAGGAGCAGCACUGAAGAACAAGGUGGAGGUUUCUUCUUCCCUUCCUCAGAACAACAGACGCUCAGUAGAGUGGUGUGAAGCACUUCAUGAUUUUACAGCAGAAACCAAAGAUGAUUUAUCCUUUAAAAAGGGAGACUACAUCCAAAUACUGGAGCAAGUAGAUUCAGAGUGGUAUAGAGGAAGACUGAAUGAAAAGGAAGGAAUUUUCCCAGCAGUUUUUGUUCGGACCCGCUCAGCCAGGGUAGAGCUGUCACAGUCUCUAGGAGGGAAGAAGGGAAAAGCCAAAGCUCUUUAUGAUUUUCAUGGAGAAAAUGAAGAUGAGCUUUCCUUCAAAGCAGGUGAUACAAUAACAGAGCUGGAAUCUGUAGACGAGGACUGGAUGAGUGGAGAGAUACAAGGAAAGUCUGGGAUAUUUCCCAAGAACUUUGUUCAGAUUUUAAAAACACCAUGAAGCGUUGCCUCUCUUUGUACUCCCUGCAUCUGGGAGAGAAUGUUUUCUAUCCUAAAGGCACAGCAAAGACAUCAACGUGUUUUGACUAUCAAUGUUUUGCACUACUGCUUCUAGACAGUCAUACCAGAGUCUUGAAGUCAAGUAAGAAAAUUUUAGUCUUUUGUGACAGUGUAUGUAGUCAUGCUUCAUGAAUGCUCUGAGAGCAAAUACAAGCAGGAUUUUUAGUGGUUUCCAACUAGGGAAAUACUGUGGUGCAACACCAUUUUAACUUAAAUAGCAUUCUAGUAUGUUUACUAUCUGGUAUUAUAUUUAUCAUGUACAAAGUCUGCAUAAAGUAAGCUGCUUUGGGUUUCUUUAAAAACUUUUAAAAUCCAAAUUUAAAAAAUUGUUUUUAAGAUAUAAUUACAGCAUUCAGUAUGUAGAUCAAGUUUGAUAUUCAGGUCUCGUUACUGCUUGACUUCCACAUUAGCAGUAGAAUCCACUUGUUUUAUGACUUAGAGGAUAAGGAAGAUAGAUAACUGAUAUUUCAUAGUAGAAAAAUAUCAAAUCUAAUACUGGUAAGAGGGAAAACUCAGAAGCAAAUCCUUGUGUAGUAUUCUUCUAUUCUUAGCCCAAGCUGCUCAUACAGGAAGAUCACAAGAGUAAAACUUAACUAUUUUGCCUCUUAACGAAUAACGUUCAAAUCAGUAUGAAUCAUCUUAGACCUUCCUCCCUUCCCCCAAAAUCCCUUCCAGAUAGGUUUUUCUGCUGUUCUUCAAGCACCAUCACACCCUUCUUUCCCAGCUGAAGUUAGUUGUGACAGACAGCGUUUACUGAGCUUUCUCAGAUGCCCUCCAUGCAGUAGCUGCACUAUGCCAACUAUUUGCUCCUCCACCCCCUUUGUGUAAGUGGAAAGCCAGUCUUCACUCAGUCUGCAUUUCAUUUGUCACUCAAGCACUGGAACAUACUUCAGUAACACUAUUCCUAUCCUUAACAUGAGGGAUAUUAUACAGCCUUGGUUUUAGGUUUCAGCAGACAUGGGAUUAAUUUUCAGUUUGUUACCACAUACCAACUAUACAGAGCAUCAUUAUAAAUGGUCUAUCAAGGCCUUAAGGAAAACACGCCUGGCAAGAAGUUACUUCAAGAAGCUCUAACAAAAGCAUUCAGUAAAAAGCAGCAGUGUGACCUGAAUGACAAAUUAAGACAGACAUGAUUAAGGUAGCUUCACAUUAUAGGAACUUCUGGUAGUAAACUCCUUUUUGCAGCACUUGGCCUCUGACAAAAUAGUUAAAUGCAUCUUGAUUAACUGCUAACUUCAUCAGACUGGAAUAGAAAAAGUUAUGCUGCAGUUGGCUCUUCCAUUGCUGACAGUAUUCCAUCACUUUUGCACUGUAUAAUAAAACGGAACCAGUAAGCUGUUCGCACGAGUCAUUACUUCAGAGAGAUGCAGGUCACCAGGCAUGGAGAUAUCCUUACAAAAAUUUUCUGUGUGGGUCUGGAAGUUCAGGUUGCAGAAGGGCCAACAGUUGAGUGGCAGAUGGAGACUGGAAACUAGAAUCAUCAUGAUUGACCUUGAGAAAGUUUUGACUCAGUCAUGUGUCUACUUACAACUUUAUCAAUACAAGGUCCAAGUGUUAUGGCUACAAACACCUACUGCCACAAAAGAUCAGGGUGCAUCUAAAUGGGUGUCUAAGCAAGCUGGCGAGGGUAGCCCUCCCCUCCCCAUGCACUGCACUUCGGUUACCAUCACAGCAGGCAGAAGCAAGCUUACAGCCAAAACUGAGCUGAAGGACUCCCCCGCAGCAGGGAACGGGCAUCCAGUCUUGGUAGCAGACUGGAGCUUGCCUGAAGUGAACCCAAGGAACAUGCAGCACAGAC